AUGCGGGGCGGUGGCUUUGAGAGCUUCUUUGGUGGCGAUGGCCUUGGCAAAGGCGCGCCCCACGGCAAUGUCGACAACUCCCAGUACUCCAAGACAGCCUCGGAGGAGGACCUCGCGCACCCGCUCACGGUGUCGCUUGAGGAUCUGUACAACGGCAAGACGGUCAAGCUCGCCGUGAGCCGCGAUAUGCUCUGUGGUGCUUGCGAAGGUCGUGGCGGCAAGGCCGGUGCAGAGAAAAGCUGUGGCACGUGCAACGGCCGUGGCAUGCGCAUCCAGCACCGCCAGAUCGGCCCCAACAUGGUCCAGCAGGUCCAGUCGGUCUGUCCCGACUGCCGUGGUCGAGGCAAGACGAUCAACGAGUUGGAUCGCUGCAAGGCGUGCAAGGGUAACAAGGUCUCGAAGGAACGCAAGGUCCUACAAGUCAACAUCGAGAAGGGCAUGCGCAACGGCCAGCGCAUCACGUUCAUGGGCGAGGGCGACCAGGCGCCUGGCACGACUGCCGGCGACAUUGUGUUUGUCGUCCAGGAGAAGCAGCACGCGAUCUUCCAGCGCAAGGGCGACAACCUUAUCAUGGAGAAGAAGAUCACGCUUGUCGAGGCGCUUUGCGGCUUCGAGACGAUCGUCGAGCACCUUGAUGGCCGCCUUUUGCAUGUCAAGACCAAGCCCGGCGAGGUCAUCAAGCCGAACCAGCUCAAGGCGGUGCACGGCGAAGGCAUGCCGCAGCACGGCAACCCGUUCUUAAAAGGCGAGCUCGUCAUCUUGUUCAAGAUUGAAUUCCCGACGUCCAUGUCGGCGUACCAGGUCCGUGCGCUCCAGAGCGUGUUUGCCUUGCCCGAGCCCGUCCGUCCUCGCUACAGCGAUUCGGAAGAGUGCUUCCUCGACGACUUUGAUGCGAAGGCCGCCCAGCGAGAGGCCCAGCAGGAGGCGUACGACUCGGACGACGACGAUUGUGGCCAGCCCCGUGGCGUCCAGUGCCAGCAGCAAUAA